AUGCCAAGAAAAUUCUUGAAAUAUAUUCGUUCAUUAUCUAUCUAUCUAUCUAUCUAUCUCAGUCUGUUCAUAUCUAUCUAUCUAUCUAUCUAUCUAUCUAUCUAUCUAUCUAUCUAUCUAUCUAUCUAUCUAUCUAUCUCAGUCUGUUCAUAUCUAUCUCAGUUUGUUCAUAUCUAUCUAUCUAUUUAUCUAUGUCUUCCAGUCUGUUCAUAUCUAUCUCAGUUUGUCCAUAUCUAUCUAUCUAUCUAUCUAUCUAUCUAUCUAUCUAUCUAUCUAUCUAUCUAUCCCAGUCUGUUCUUAUCUAUCUCAGUUUGUUCAUAUUUAUCUCAGCUUGUUCAAAUCUAUCUAUCUAUCUAUCUAUCUAUCUAUCUAUCUAUCUAUCUAUCUAUCUACGUGAAUGUAAUUACGAAUGCUAAUAAAUCUCCUGAAGUUUUCACCUUAAUUGCCCUUCUUUGUCCCUGCACGUAA